UCUCCCGCCCGCGGCUGGCGCACACAGAUAACCAGCGCAGGCUGGCGGGCGGGCCCGGGGGUGGCAGCCGUGGUGGCCCGGAGAUGAAAUUCCCCGGCUCCGUCCUGGUGUCCGUGUUCCUCUUCGUGGCCGAGACCGUGACCGCUCUGUACCUGAGCAGCACCUACAACUCGGCCGGGGACCGCAUCUGGCUGUCCCUGACCCUGCUCUUCUCGCUGCUGCCCUGCGCGCUCGUGCAGUUCACGCUCAUCUUCAUCCACCGAGACCUGAAAAGGGACCGGCCGCUGGUGCUGCUGCUGCACAUGCUGCAGCUGGGCCCCCUGAUCAGGUGUGUGGAAGUCUUUUGCAUAUAUUUUCAAGCCAGCAGAGUUGAAGAGCCUUAUGUCAGUAUUACCAAGAAGAGGCAGAUCCCUAAAAAUGGACUCACGGAAGAAAUUGAGAAAGAAGUGGGCAGGGCAGAAGGCAAGUUGUUCACGCACAGGUCGGCGUUCAGCAGGGCAUCGGUGAUACAGGCUUUCUUGGGCUCAGCACCUCAGCUGACCCUCCAGCUGUACAUCAGCGUCUUGCAACAGGAAAUCACCAUAGGGAGAAGUAUCUUCAUGACACUGUCCCUUCUGUCCAUCGUGUACGGGGCCUUGCGUUGCAACAUCCUGGCCAUCAAGAUCAAGUAUGACGAGUAUGAGGUCAACGUGAGGCCUGCAGCCUAUCUCUGCAUCUUCCUCUGGCGGAGCUUUGAGAUCGCCACACGGGUCGUGGUCUUGGUCCUUUUCAGCUCCGUCCUCCAGAUCUGGGUCCUCCCGGUGGUGCUCCUCAAUUUCUUUGGCUUUUUUUUUUACCCUUGGAUUCUCUUCUGGAGGAGCGGCUCCCCCUUUCCAGAGAAUAUCAAGGCCAUGAGCAGAAUGGGCACCACCAUAGUGCUGUGCUUCCUUACCUUCCUGUAUGCAGGCAUCAACAUGUUCUGUUGGUCGGCCGUACAGCUGAAGAUCAGCAGUCCCGACUUGAUUAAUAAGUCUCAGAACUGGUACAGGUUGACGGUCUAUUACAUGCUGAGAUUCAUUGAGAAUGCCUUCCUCCUCCUCAUGUGGUACGUCUAUAAGACAGACAUUUACAUGUAUGUGUGUGCCCCCUUGCUCAUCCUGAAGCUGCUGAUUGCAUAUUGCACAGCCAUCCUCUUCAUGCUACUGUUUUACCAGUUUUUCCACCCUUGCAAAAAGCUCUUCUCAUUUAGUCUUACUCAAGGCCUAUUGUCAUGCUUCAGGUAUCUUUGCUUUCCAUGUAAAAGGCAGAGACGCAGUGACCCAGCAGAAAGGGUAGACUUGAAAUCAUCGGAUGACUCUGAAAGCCCCAGCCAGCAGCAAAAAAGUGAUCCACAGAACAGAAACCCAAACCUGAAUGUCCCUUCCAGUUCUUAAUGGGACCAGUAGUUUGAUGGUGUUUCUCCCAAUAGCCAUUGCUUAUGUCUACAAGUCCUCUGGUCUUGUUUUCUGGGUCUGGUUGAUGCUUGUUCAGACCACCUGCAACAACACCACACAUGUCUUUGAAUGGACAGAAAGUUAUCCCUACAAAUGCAUGCCCUUCUCCCUGCAAGCUAGCUUGCUCUAUGUGCCAUUAGAGUAUGGAAUAUGUGUGUGAAAGUGUAUGUUUGUGCAGAGACUGGCAAGGAGAGCAGCAGGUUAUCAGUCCAGUGUGGUCCCAUGCAUGACACCCUGUUCGACAAAGGUUGUGCGUGUGAAUAUGAAUAAUUGUGUUCUCCCAGUUGGCAUUGUCCUCUUUAGUUUAAAAACUACAACAGCAACUACAAACGAGACAAGAUGCUUUUGUCACAUUGCAGGUCAGAACUUCGUGGAAUUUUGUCUCAGCUUUUGGAAGUAGGGAAACCUGAAAUUGGGUUGGUUAGGUAGAAUGAGGAAAAGGUCCCUUUUUUUCUUGGGUUUCCUGAGUAUCCUGUUCAGACACCCAGAUUGUUCACCAGUCCUAAGGAUGGUCCUCGUGUAAGAGUUGGCUCAGUGAUUGGGAGUUACUGCUUUGCUCAUACCAUGAGACCAUGCCUUCACUCUCUGCAUUUCUUAAGAGGGGAGCUAUUAAAGUCCAACCCUGAACACUGGCUUUUCUGCUUGUGCUUAGCCUAAAAGGCUUCUGCUUAAAUGCAGAAAGAAUCUGGUCUUUUCUCCAGACUGGCUGGUGGAACGAAUUGCCUGUGCAUGCUGAAAACAGACAGAAGGUAAAGCCUAUGAGCUUGAUUUUCAAAUCCUUGAAUGUGCUGUUUUCACACUUUGAUGAUCUCUCAACUUUCCCAACUCAACCCCUCAGAUCAUAUGUAUUUAAGUAUUUGGAUCUGGAGACUUUAGGUUCCAGGUGCCCCUAAGAACAAACGUGCAUUUAAUUCUAGAAGCUCUGGAAUUUUGGAAAGCAUUAAUAGGCAUUUGAUAUAUGGGAGAAUUAAAAUGACUAACUGAGGGAGUUAUGGAGUCUUCUUCUCUGAGAGCCUCUACAAACAGGAUACCAUUCUUUUUGGGAUGAUUAGAUUUGGGUCACCUUGAAGGCGGUCUUCUAUCCUUUCAAAGUCCUCUCUCGCCUCAGGAUUCUGUGAAGUCACAGAAAACCCUGAGAUUUAUUCAAAAAAAUUUAGAAAAUAUCAUUUCUCCCAAAAAACUCAGCCAAGACCAAUAUAAAUUUUAUAAGAAAAUUAUUUGGAAAUUCCAGGCCAGUGUUAUCCAGGUAAGAUAUUUUGGUUUUCGUUACUUAAAGAAAAAACUCAUUUUUCAGAAAAACAGACUAAUCACGAUGUGAAUCUUAGUGCUACCACCCUUCUCCACUGCCCCAAAGAAAUGAAGUAACCAAGAAUCCAAUGACUAUUUAGAAUCCCUCUCUUUUUUUUUUAUGCAUUCUGAGUGUGUAGUGAUGAUGACAAACUGAAGAAGGUUUCUGAUUCAACCAUUCCUCCCUUAUUCACCUCUUCAGUUUGGUACUCUGUGUGUGGGUAUGUGUAGAUGUGUGUUGACAUGAGGCUGGUAACAUUUAUUCGAUUGUCUAGGGAAAACUAUGAUCCAAUACCUUUAUUUUUAACAUGAAAAAAAUUUCCCCCGUAACACCUGGAACCAGGUUGAAACAAAGACACCAUCUAACAUCAUUAAAAAUGAAACAAUGGGAUUUUGGAAUAUAAGAUAAGUUUAGACCAAGAACAUUAAACGAACCAUAUCGUGUCAGGGAUUUAAUCUUUUUGCUAGGCUAUCCUGUCUAGUAAGAUGUAUUUGUUAAAGUUCUCAUUUUUAUUUGUAAUUCACAUUGGUUUCAAUUUCAUAUAGAAAACAUAAAAUGUACAUACACACAGACAUACAACUUGAUGUGCUCUUUUUGUUAUAUCCAGGGAAAAUGAGACAAUAUAAUGUUUUUCACCCCUAAAGGGCAUUCUCAUGUGAUGUACUAUUUUUAGUUAAAAAUUGUUUGCAUGUAAAGUCAGCAAAUGCUCUUUUUCAUUCAAGUAAGAGCAAAAUAUCUUGUGUUAUGCACCAUCUUGCUGCCUCUUAGCCCACAUCAACCAUCCUUGCUACUGUUUUUUAGGCCUAGAGCAAAUCAUUAUGUGUGUGUAUGUGUGUUUGUGUGUGUGUGUGUGUGUGUGUGUGUGUACCUGCAUACAUGUGUACAUGCUGAUACAUCCUUGUGUAUAUACAUACAGAAGUACAUACUGUGCAUCUAGACAGAUAAGUAUAUUUAAAUGUACAUAGACAUUAAGUAUAUUUAAAUGUACAUAGACAUUAAGUAUAUUUAAAUGUACAUAGACAUGUACAUAUGACCAUAUAAAAUAUUUUUUCAAAAAUAAAAGAUUAGAAAUAAAAUAAGACUAAGAUUUAAAACCACUCCUUUUCUGUAGUUACUUAGUAGAGAAAAAGUUUCUAUUAGGAUUGUGUCUCUAUGCAUGGCAGCAAAAUCAUUCCUGGCUCCCAGUUUUGCCCCUGUUAUGCAUCUUUAAGCAGUUUGGUCACCUCUCUGUCCCUCCAUCCUCUCAUCUAACAAAUGUAGUAAUAGCUGACCUGCCUACCACACAGGGGUGCUGUCAGCAUCAAAGUAGAUAAUGAUCAUCACAGUGUUUGCAGAAAGUACUAUGCAACUAUAAAGUGGCAUUAGUUUCUCUCACCAAGCUCAUAAGGGAAAUCUGUUGCAAUAAGAAAGGCUGUUUCGAACUGGUACCAGUUUUCCAGCUUACAUCCAGCUUCUGAAUGAAUCCUUGGUUGUUUGACCUUGUGGAAACAGGUUUCAUUGAAUAACAUCUACUUUGGAAAGGGGAGGUGGGGAGGUACAAAACACCUGGUCCAGCUGAUGCUACUGUUCUUACUGCCUGUGUUCAUAAAAACUUACAUUUGUGGAUAUGGGACUGGGUGGGGAAUAAAAAUAACCACAAACUACUCCCCCCCUUCUUUCAGAGGGUCCUAAAUAUGUAUCUGCUACUGGGAAAUCUGUCUUUUUUUGCCUCAUGCUUCCACAAAAUGCACAGGAGGCUCUUUCAGUAGUCACAUUGACAACUUGGAGGUCUGAUACUACCAGGUUUGAAUUUAACAUGUUUGGAAAACAUCUUUUUGUCUUAAAGCCAAUUCUCAAACAUAGGACAUUUCCUUGGAAAUCACCUUUAUCGUCAAAAAGUUGUCAUGGCUCUGUAUAUGUAUAUAUGAGUAUUAUACUUCUUGUGAACAGAUUAUGAGUUUUAUAUUCUGAAUCAUGCCCAUCCCAAUAACUGUACUAAAUAUAUCAUGGACAUGUGAUUUUAUUGGCUGCCUCUCUGCAGUCAUUGCCUCUAAUAAAUAGUGUUUAUGCUU